GUGGAGAAGGUGUGCGCGCGCUCCGCAGCAACAAUGUCUCCUCUUCUUCAAACCCUCGAGGGAAAGUGUGAGUGAGGAUCAGGAACCUGAGGAGCUGAGUGUGGGAGACUUCUACUGACUGUGACAACAUGAUGCGCUUCCUGUUGCUGUUCAGCCGGCAGGGGAAGUUGCGGCUGCAGAAAUGGUUCACGCCGUUGACGGACCGAGAGAAGAAGAAAAUGAUCCGGGACAUGCUGAUGUUAGUCUUGGCCCGCCCACCACGUUCCUGCAACUUCCUCCAGUGGAGGGACCUCAAGAUUGUUUACAAGAGGUACGCCAGCUUGUAUUUCUGUGUCGGACUGGAGGAGCAGGAUAACGAGCUGCUGGCCCUGGAGGUGCUGCACCGAUACGUAGAGCUGUUGGAUAGAUACUUCGGAAAUGUGUGUGAGCUGGACAUCAUUUUCAACUUUGAGAAGGCGUACUUCAUCCUGGACGAAUUCCUGAUGGGAGGAGAAGUCUUAGAAACGUCCAGAUUAGCUGUGGGUGCAUCGCUAGAGGAGGCCGACACAUUCCAGGAGACGAUUGACGAAUACAUGAGCAAGCCUGCCUACUGAGCCGAGACCAUGAGGGUGUCGGGACUUUGAGCGAAAGGUUUAUUACUCUGGGAUACUUUGACUAUUACUAAAGACUAAUUUUGCAUCAUGCUGUGGUUGAACAAUUACCACAAACCUACUUUUACUUUCGUUUUCAAGAAUUGUAAUUAUGUUUGUCUAAAAGUGCCUUCUAGUCUUCAGAUUCGUUACUCUCAGGUUUUAUGAGGAGAUGUUUUUUUAAUAUUUAUUAACUAUCUAAAUAUGUUCUUGCAACCACAGCGACACAUGGCAGGCAAAACACGUUUAUUAUUUAAUGAAGAAACACCACAAAGUAAGGAAAAAAUAAAGUCAAUGCUUUAUUAACCUCAGAUUUGUCACAUAUGACCACAUUUGAAAAAGAAUUACCAAAAAAAUAAAAAUAAACACAAGUGAAUCUAAGGGAUGCAACACUGAUUGUGUUUGUGUGUGUACGUGUAAAUGUGUGUGAGUGUGUGUGAGUGUGUGUGUGUGUGUGCAUUGAAAUGUGAGGCUGGUGAGUCACAUGUACUGAAUGUUAAGCAAAAAAAACAAAACAUCAAAUGUAUAACAAUGAAUGUCUCAUAUUUCUGCUAAUAAAUAACUUUUGUAAACCUA